AUGGGAUUAGGCUUGCUCAUUUAUGAACCUGUCGAGACAAAUAACGAGACGACUACUCGAAACGACCAGUCAGAGUUAAGGCGCAGCACCGACGCUUUACGUGAUCUCCAAGGCACGGGGGUGAAAUACCGCUUACUUCCCAACUCCGGGCUGUUACUGCGGCUUAUUAAACAGAAAGACUUAAUAACUAAACUAGGCCCAACCCGCGACUCGAACCCAGGACCUCUGGAUGUGCAGCCGUACAUGCUGCCACUAUACCACCGUGGCAGU